CCGAAGUACCAUAGAUGCAUCACAGUUCUCCGCGUCGUGAUCCUCUGUCGUCCGAUCGGUUCUUCGGGGUCGAAAGUGGGGGUCCGCAGGAGAUUUCGAACACGGUUUCAUCUGUGUCGCUCUCAGAAGACAAUUUCAGUCGGAAAGGAAUAUCGUUCGUUUUCGGACACAACAUUUACACAUUUUGCAAGAACCGUGUCGUAAUUGCUUCGCGAGACGAACCUGCCACUCCAUAGGAUUCUUAUAAAUAUUUUACUUAUCCUUUCGGUGGCGUUCCGGGUAUUGGUCCAGCCAUUAUCCUCAAUCGCUUUCGUUUCGACAAAAAAAUCUUUUUUAUCUUACGGUUAAAGGUCAUCGACAUAUCUUGAUCGAGUGUCAGAAUCAGAUCGACGCACGAUCGGCUUUAACCGCGCGAUACCGAAACAUGGAGAACACGUGACCGUGGAAAAGUAAAACAGAAGUAGAGUGAGUAGAACGAGAAGCGCCGAGGAGCGUGUUGAAGGAAAAAAGCGAUGCCAAGGGCCGCGAGAACAGCGGACGUCGAUCGAAAACGUGCGAUCAGCGAUUGAGGUCAGAGCGAUCUCGAAGCUGCAGAGUGGCUAAGUAGUCAACGCGUCGUCGACCAACAUGAAAAAUAACACGAGCAACCACGAGAAGAACGGGCCGGAGAGCCUGAAGUUGUUGAGGGUACCGUCCACGCCGCCGACUACCCCAACGACGCCUACCACGCCGAGUUCGAGAGGUCUCGAAGACAUCUUCAGAGAUUUACCCAUCACCGACGAAACCUCCUGCGGGAUCUGGUGUAUACGGAGCCCGACCCUGCAGAGAUUCGCUAAUAAAAAGGCUUAUGUGUUUCUGUACGGUGUGCUUGGAUGUAUAUUCUCGGCGAGUUACGCGUAUUUCAACGGUACCAUUACUACCAUCGAGAAAAGAUUCAAGAUACCUUCGAAAACGACAGGUCUUAUCUCUGUGGGUAACGAUAUCUCGCAACUGUUUGUAUCCGUGGUCCUGUCUUAUUACGCAGGAAGGGGUCACAGGCCUCGAUGGAUCGCAUUCGGGAUUUAUACUGUAGUUCUCUUUUGCUGUUUAACGAUGCUGCCGCAUUUCUUAUAUGGUCCCGGAGAAGACGCUCUUCUGCUCACGAAAGAAUACGGAGCGAAACCGCAAGCUGAAAACUCGAGUCAUAUACCUGAUAAAUACCGGAAGUUUUUAUGUUUCGGGAAGGAGAGUCGAGAGAAUGAAUGCGACGAUGACGAUGGAAAUUUCGCGCCUCAAGUGUUGCUGUUUAUAGCACAGCUAGUAUCAGGAGUUGGUGGCUCACUUUAUUAUACUUUAGGAGUAUCCUACAUGGACGAUAAUAUACAAAAGUCAAAGACGCCAGCUCUAAUCAGCUUUUCGUACUUCUUGAGAAUGUUGGGGCCGGCCAUUGGUUAUGGUCUAGCUUCGUUUGCCCUCAAAUUCUACAUCAGCCCUACAUUAACGCCUACGAUUACAACACAGGAUCCAAGGUGGUUAGGUGCCUGGUGGCUGGGUUGGAUUAUCCUAGCGUUCCUUCUUUUCGUCUUCGCAAGCAUCAUCGCGCUUUUCCCCAAAACGCUGCCCAGAGCUGCAGCCCGUAAAGCAUUAGCGUUGGAGCGAAACAAAUCGGCAAGCAAUAUAAAAGACGACGAGGAACCAGAGUUACCCGCCUCUAUCGCGGACAUGUUGAGGACGUUCAAGCGGCUGCUAACGAACACUACCUUAAUGUGUAACAACCUAGCAACUGUCUUCUACUUUAUGGGAUACAUGCCUUACUGGAUUUUUAUGCCGAAAUAUAUUGAAACACAGUACAAACAAUCCGCUUCCGUUUCCUCGUUAAUUACUGGAACAGUCGGUUUGGUCUUCAGUGCUUUUGGAAUUCUUCUGUCCGGUUUAAUCAUCUCCAAGUAUAAACCCAAGGCCAGAUAUUUAGCCGCGUGGAACGUGAUGGUUGGCGCUAUAUCGGUUGUAGGGAUGAUCUCUUACGCGUUCCUUGGCUGUUCCGCCAACGACAAUCAAAUUACAGUUCAACCGGAUGGCGCCUUGAAGACUCUACUACCGUGUAACGAACAAUGUCAUUGCGAUUACGUUACUUACAAUCCUGUUUGCUCGGAACAUGGGAAAACCUUUAUAUCAGCUUGUCACGCUGGAUGUCGCAAUAUGAAGAUGCAGGCUAAUGGUAGUAAGAUGUACACGGAGUGUAGCUGUAUCAAACCAAAAUUCGCACGUUUGCCAUUUUUGUUUGCAAACAAUAAUUUUACGUAUACAACAGAGGAUCCGCUUGAGACUCCAGAACCUGAUGGGUCAGCUCCUUUAGGCACCGCGGUACCGGGAGCCUGUCCCGUGGAUUGUAUGCAUAAAUUUUACGUCUUUCUGGCUGUGGUUUGUCUGCUCAAGUUCAGUGGCGCGACUGGAAGGGCGUCGAACUUCUUAGUUUCCGUUAGGUGCGUCGAUGAGAAGGAUAAAACAGUGGCUAUGGGCUUUGGAUUAAUGAUUAUGAGCUUAUUUGCGUUCAUACCAUCUCCCAUCUUGUUUGGAUUUAUUUUAGAUAAAACGUGUCUUGUUUGGGGAAAAACAUGUUCAGGUACAGGAAAUUGUUGGCUCUAUAACGGGGAAACGUUGAGAUAUCUACUGAACUUUACAGCAGCCACGUUCGUAACGAUUGGUACGUUGUUUGACGUGGGUGUCUGGUAUUUCGUGAAAGACGUAAAAAUCUUCGACGAGGAGAUCGAGCUGAAAGACAUAGCCGAAGAAUCGGGAGAGACACUUUGAAACUGAGCCACCAACGAUCGAGCUAGAUCGCUUCGUUUCAAGGAAAUGUGGAGUUAAGGUUGAGGGGCGAAGUCAUUCGUGAAGAGAAAAAAAAGACGGGAGCGUUGGAAAAAAGGAGAGCCGACGAAUAAAGACUUUACAAGUACCUUAAGCAACUUUUUGGAUAUUUAAACGCUCGUAGUACCUCAGGUAGAACUUACUGUUGACUAGUUCACUCGUGAGGCAUAGUAUUUGAAGAAGAAAAUGAAUUUCAUUUUUUACUGUCCCCGUUUUAUUACCACAAUUAAUAAUAGUUUUCAUCGCUUAUGAGAAGCCUGACACCCUCCUAUCAGAUACAAACAGCGUAAGAAAAUACGAAUGUAAAGAGGCUCACCAAUAACAGUACGAGACAUUCGAAUUAGUUAUAAACCUGCGUUUCGUGUACAAAAUAUAGUCUAAAGAUAAAACUUUCAAUCCAUUGGUGAAAGGAGGUUUUUUUUUUAAUUUUUAAUCGAAUAGCGUAGCGUAAUGUAUCGUGUUUCUUCAAAUCAAUGAAGCGUUGCCAUGUUUUAGAAUAAUAUUAAGAUGAAAAUCUGUUCGAAUACGAUCAUUAUAUAUAUACAUAUAUUUUUUACUCGAAGCAAACUAAUUUACGUAACAUAAACUCGAACGCAAAAGUUGAGGAGUUAUUGAAAUUAUAUCGUAUUAAUAUCGAGGUUCGAUUGGUUGCAAAUAAUCUGUCAAUUGACUUUUUUAAAUCGUUAAAGAAGAAGGAAAUUAAUAAAAGUACAUAGUAUGAAAACAUUCAGGUAUAUUUAAUUUUUAUUUGCAGCACAACUCGGAAGAAUGUCACUUAAUAAAGAUACAGUGUUAUGUGGAAUUCUGUUGUCGUAAACAAUCCCUGUUAAAAAUGAAAUUGAUAUCAUUAACAAUAGAAAAAAGCAAUAAAUUAGGGGAUUUCAAUUUGAAAUAGAAACUUAUUAUUUUGAAAUUUUUAUUUUAAUAGUAUAUACACGUGUUUCAAUAAAACAAUUUUAUCUACACCAAUCUGUAUUUAAAACCAGCCGACUAUUUGUAAGGAUGAUUCUUUAUUUUUGAAAUUCGAAAGAGAUACUAUAUACCUAUAUAUACCUACUUUCUAAUUAACGAAUUAAAAUGGUACAUUUAUUUGCACAAUUACAGUUCAAAAUUUGGUGAUUGAUUUUCAUUUUUGUUUGAUUUACGCGAUUGUAUAAACCAUUCAAGAACAAAUAAAUGAGACGAACAAGUUAAUUAAUAACAUAUUUGAAUAAUUUCGUAAUAAAUAUAUAAAAGAAUUUAACAGAUAUAUAUAUUGAACGUUGUAGUAUUUGUAUUUUAUACAUAGAUAUAUCAAAGAAUAACAAUUUGAGUCAAAAUUUUUAUUAUAUUUUUGUUGAGUCACAUUUUUAAUACAUAACCAGUGUAUAAAACAGUUUAUUAAGGUAAGUUAGGUAUAUUCUGCCUGAAAUACAUAAAAUUAAAUAAAAAUGGACAUAUUAUACAGUGUUUAUAUAAAAAUAUUUCUAAAUAAAGAAAUUACUAUAAUUUUAGAUAUUAUUAUUAAUUAUAUGAAUAUAUAUGAAAUGCAUCGUCAUAUAUAUGAACAAUUUAAUUUUUCCGAUUACUCUUUAAUUUUAUUUUAAUUCGUUCGUCGUUGGCAGUGUUAUAUAAAAUUAAUUGUGGUCAUACAGUCUUUCUUGAUACGUAUCGGUGAUUAGUUAUGUCAAUUUGUUUCUUUUUUUUUAAUAUGAAAUAGAUGUGUUACAUGAACAUAAAUCUAAAAUAUUUAUUUUCUAACAGAUUCUAAUGAAGUACGAAAUUCAUCUAUAUUUUUAGACGAAGAAAACCUGUACUUAAUAUAUUUCAUAAAUUUGUUAUCGACUUUCAAUAAUCUUGAUCAUUUCGCUUGAUAGUAAAUAUAAAUUUCCACUCGAGUACUAGAAAAUCCAAUACCACAGAAGAAUUAAACUAAAAAUAAAGUAACGAUACUUUUAGGAUAACUGACCGUAUGUUAUCUUAACCGCUCCACUUUUUUUCGCCGAUUCAUUAUCAGUGGAAAUAGAUCGAGUUAAUUAUGUUUGAGUUCUACAGCUAAACACUGUAAUUUUCAUUGUACUCUAAACAUUAAUAAUCAAUCGAUUUAAUUGAA